AUGGUACGUCAAAACCCUUUCCGUGAAACCAUCUCAGAGCAUCCACACGAUCACAUCGAGUAUCUAGAAGAUAUGAUGGAUGACGAAUACAAUCUUUGUAAACUCUUUCCAUUUUCCUUAGAAGGUGACGCCAGAAAAUGGCUAGACCAACUACCAACAGGAUCGCUGACCUGUUGGAAGGAGAUAAGGAGUAUCUUCAUCAAUCAAUUCUUCGAUGAGACGCGCUAUUGGGAUAUAAGGAAGAAAAUCUCCACCUUCUGUCAAGGUCCACGGGAAUCAUUCAGAAACGCAUGGGAGAGAUUUAAGAGCUACCAACUUGAAUGUCCCCAUCACGGCUACUCAGAGCCACAACUCAUUAGUACCUUUUACGGGGGUGUUAACUUGCACUACCAGAUCACGCUUGACACAGCCCGUGAAGGAAGCUUCAGUACCAGGAACCCUGAAGAAGGGAAGCAUCUGAUAAAGACUAUAGCUACGGGUAGAUCCUACGAAAUGAUGGAGGUAGAGCGAGUAAGGAGAGUUGACUCAAUUGAUGAGUCACCUUUAGCACAAAUCAAAGUAUCUCUGGAUUCUUUUCAUUCCGCUCUUGAGGAACGGAACCAAUUUGGGAUUUACCAAAUUGACGAUGACACCCUAUCUAAACUAGAACAACAAGUAGAUUUCGUGGAUAUCCGAACUUCGAAAAACGAGUAUCCUAACCUCGAUAGCUUUACCCAAAAUUACGAUGCUACUGUUGGAUCACGCCAGGGCAGAGCGAAGUUUAGACUAAACCAAGCUUUCACGGGAAAUCACAGAUUGGCCACUAACCUUAACGGAAAAAUAGACAUAAUGUACAGUGAGCUAAUAAGGAAGUUCGACGCUUUAAGUGAACACAUUAAGAGACUAGACGGUCAAGUCACGGAAAACGCAACUGCCAUCAAAAGAGAGGCAGGACGUCUCCCUGGGCGGACUGACGCGAACCCAAAACGUCAAAUUAAUGCUGUGUUACUAAGGAUCGGAAAACGCCUAAUCCCGAGCACGAUAGAAAUCAAAAUCCCUCGAGAGAAGGAGCUUCCCAACACUGAGGAAACAGCCAUCAACCUCGAGGAGGAGGAAGAAGAGUUGGAGGAAGAUGUGGAAAUCGAUCGACAAGAGAGAACCAACGUCGAUCGACAUGCUAUGGGAAAUAUCUAUCGACAUUCUGGAAACAAUAUCGAUCGACGAUCGACUCCUGCUGAACCAGCUGUGGAAAGAGUAUAUAGGCCCCUACCACCCUUCCCUCCUAACAAGACGCAGACUAAGCGCGAAUUGGAUAAAGCUAUAUGCAAGAAAGCAUUCGAUAAGAUCAUGUUGGAAAUGCCAUUGAGUGAUGCCGUAAAGGUAUCGCCUUCAAUAAAAAAAUAUGUAAAAGACAUAGUAUCCAACAGCUUUCCAGCCGCUGAGCGUAGCGUCAUGAUGGUUUCAGAGGAAGUUAGUGCAAUAAUCCAAGGAGGAAAUCCAAUCAAGAGGCCCGAUCCGGGUUCCAGCGUAAACCUCAUGCCGCACUCUGUCGCGAUAUCUCUAGGAUACGACAAGUUCAAACCUACCAAAUUAACUCUGGUUCUGGCCGAUAGAUCCGUUAGAUUACCUGAGGGAGUGCUCGACGACGUGCCAAUAAGGAUCAAUGAUUGCAACGUCCCAACGGAUUUCAUGGUACUGAAAUACCGGAAUGAACCAAAAGAUCCCUUAAUUUUGGGUAGACCAUUUCUAGCUACAGCAGGUGCGAUAAUCGAUGUCAAGGAAGGUCGAAUAUGUCUGAACAUUGGGAAUAUUCCGAUGACCUUCGACAUGGAUAAGAUGAUAAGUCGACCCUUAGUCGAUAAACAGACUUCCUAUGUGGAUGAUAUCGGUGAACUGUCUGAAGAGUCUUUCGAAAACCUGCACUCAGAUGAUCCUCUAGAGAAAGUACUCACAUCUAGUGAAGAAAAAACAUUCAGUGUCACCAGUAGAGCUGAAGAAUACACGCGAUUAAUGGACGCAAGUAUGGAAAUAGCAAACGUUGAUGACAUAGAGGAUGACAAUUCAGAAAUCAACGUCGAUCGAUAUUUGAUGGAAGCCGUCGAUCGACAGCCAUCUUCUUUGGAAAAAUGGGAUCCCGAGAAGGCACCAAAAAAUGAGUUAAAACAGCUACCAGCUGGACUCAAAUAUGCUUUUCUUUAUAAAAAUUCCUACUCCGUAAUCGUGAACGCCACCUGA